CUACUUGGGCAUUUUGCCAUGGCAUCUGGACCUAAAAUGUUGGCUCCCAUUUGUCUCGUGGAAAAUAACAAUAAUCACCUGUCAGUGAACCAGCAAGCUAUAGAGAUUCUUGAAAAGAUUGCUCAACCAGUGGUGGUGGUGGGCAUUGUAGGACUAUACCGUACAGGGAAAUCCUAUCUGAUGAACCGUCUGGCAGGACAAAACCAUGGCUUUUCUCUGGGCUCCACGGUGCAGUCUCAAACCAAAGGCAUCUGGAUGUGGUGUGUUCCCCAUCCCUCCAAACCGAAUGUCACUCUAGUCCUCCUGGACACCGAGGGUCUGGGCGAUGUGGAAAAGGGUAACCCUAAGAAUGACUCGUGGAUCUUUGUCCUGGCUGUGCUUCUGAGCAGCACCUUUGUCUACAACAGCAUGGGCACCAUCAACCACCAGGCCCUGGAGCAGCUGCAUUAUGUGACAGAGCUCACUGAAUUAAUUAAGGCAAAGUCCUCCCCAAGACCUGAAGGAGUAGAAGAUUCUACAGAAUUUGUGAGUUUCUUUCCAGAUUUUAUCUGGACUGUACGGGAUUUCACCCUGGAGCUGAAGUUGAAUGGUCACUAUAUUACAGAAGAUGAAUACUUGGAGAAUGCUUUGAAGCUGAUUCCAGAUGAUAAUCCCAAUGUCCAAAAAUCCAAUCUGCCCAAGGAGUGCAUCAGGAAUUUCUUUCCUAAACGGAAGUGUUUUGUCUUUGACCGACCCACACAUGACAAAAACCUCUUAGCCAAUAUUGAGAAGUUGUCAGAAAGCCAGCUGAAUCCUGAAUUCAAAGAACAAUCAGAUAAUUUCUGUUUUUACGUUUUUACUCAUGCAAGAACCAAGACCCUCAGUGGGGGAUUCACUGUCACUGGGAAUCUGCUAGGGUCUCUGGUGGUGACCUACAUGGAUGCCAUCAACAGUGGUGCUGUACCUUGUUUGGAGAACGCGGUGACGACUCUGGCCCUUUUGGAGAGCUCAGCGGCUGUGCAGGCGGCCGCCGACCACUACAGCCAGCAGAUGGCGCAGCGAGUGACAUUCCCCACAAACACGCUCCAGGAGCUGCUGGACGCGGAUGAGGCCUGUGAGAAGGAAGCCAUUGCAGUCUUCAUGGAGCGCUCCUUCAAGGAUGAAAAUCAGGAAUUCCAGAGGAAGCUCGUGGAAAUCAUAACGAGUAAGAAGAUGGAUUUCUUGCGGCAGAAUCAAGAGUCAUCUGUUAAAUUCUGUCAGGAUCAGCUCAACGAGAUCUCAAAGGACCUAAUGCAAAAGAUUUCAACAGGAACUUUCUGUGUUCCCGGGGGACACAAGCUCUACAUGGAAGCAAGGGAGAGGAUUGCACGGGACUAUUGGGAAGUGCCCAGGAAAGGAGUAAAGGCAAAAGAGGUGUUCCAGAGCUUCCAGCAGUCACAAGCAGCAACAGAGAACUUCAUCCUGCAGUCAGAUAAAGCCCUCACUGAUGGGGAGAAGGCCAUAGCAGAGGAGUGGACCAAGAAGGAAGCAGCUGAGAAGAACCAGGAACUUUUAGAACUGAAGCUACAGGAGCAGCAGCAAGAGAUGAAGGCUCAAGAAAGAAUUUUAAUGGAUAACAUAGCCCAACUGAAAAAGAAGCUAGAGAUGGAAAGAGAAAAACUACUGAGGGAGCAGAAUAGUGUUUUGGAGCAUAAGCUGAAGGUCCAAAAGGAUUUGCUUGAGGAAGGUUUUAGGAAGAAAUCUAAGGAGAUGAAUAGAGAAAUAAAUCACUGGAAAAAGAAGAUUGAGGAUACAAAAAAUGAUACUUCUGAAAUUAAAUAUAAUUUGGAGAAAUUUAUCUUGGAGUUACUUUCAGUGUUUGUUCCUGCUCUCUUAGCUUUUAUGUUUUCAAAGUUUGGAGUUUAUAGUUUAAAAGAAUUAGCUGCUCUUUUAAGAAAUUUACAAAUAUGA